AGGAUUUGUAACCUCUUACCCUGGCAGUUUGACUGCUAAACUACUGGGUACUCAAGCAAAUGGAUGCCGGUCCUGAUUUGAAUGGGAACUGCCAUCUAUGGAUUAUAUUUCUAUGGUUGGUUGGUGUUGUCAAUUUCAAAAUACAAUCGCGGGAAAAACGUACAGUUUGGAAAGCAAAUGCCUUUUGCUGAAUAGAGAGAACCAAUAGAAUAAAAUCAAUUCUCAACAGCUCCCAAUUUGUUUUAGCUAACAGCCGCAUUGAUCACAUAACCGAGCCAUGCUUAAUCCGGCCAUGCUUCUUCUCACUGAAGUGAAUUUACUGAGAGACCGCCAACGUGCGUUUCCUCAAUAUUCUUCUCAGUAAAUUAACUCCUCCCACUCGAAAUCCUCAAGCUUUUCCCUCAUUGGCCGAUUUGUGAUAUUCCGCCAUAUUCAAACUUCCGCCGUCACUUUUGGUUGGAUUGAUCGCUUUACUGCGGAUUUCUUUCUUUCAUCGUUGCAAUUUCCAUUGUUUUGAAUUAGCGAUAUUAGCUAGCUUCCUACUACACCCGACCUCUAAAAUGGAGGAGUCCGAGGUGGGCGAAUUAUCUGUGGAAGACGAGCCGAAGAGACGAAGGAUUUCCUCGAAGAGAACGUCCGCGGUCCACUCGGAAACCUCCCCCGCCACUGUCAACAACUCCAAAAAACCUCCACUGUGCCGAGGGAGUUCCUUCACCUUUCUGACUCCAGGAACACCAUGGGACUUCAGUCUGAAGAGGAAACAUAAAGAGCCCAAGGAUGAUGACACUGUCAGCCUGUCCAGCUUUGACCUCAAAGUAAAGAGAAAACGCAAAGAGAAAAAGGAGGAUGACGACACCGUCAGUCUGUCUAGUUUUGACCUCAAAGAGCCCAGUAACAAGCGUGUGCGGCCACUGAGCCGGGUGUCAUCUCUGGCUAACCUGAUUUCCCCUUCCAAGAAUGGAGCCGUCCGACGCUUUGGUCAAACCAUCCAGAACAUGUCACUGCGGGGUGACAGCAAGUCGCCGGGGGCGUCCCUGAAGUCGUGCAGUAAGGCAGCGGGCCCAACACCUCCCAAACGUAGAAACAGCACUCUGUGGUCUGAAACACUGGACGUUCACCAGAAGAGCACCUUCUCCACCAAGGAGAUUAAGAGACAGGAGGCCAUUCAUGAGCUAUCCAGAGGAGAACAAGACCUUAUUGAAGACCUCCAAAUGGCACGAAAGGCAUAUCAUGAUCCCAUGCUGAAGCUUUCCAUCAUGACAGAGGAGGAGCUAACUCAUAUAUUUGGAGAUCUGGAUUCGUACAUUCCACUUCAUGAAGGUACUAGGUCUUCAUCAUAUUCGUACAUUCCACUUCAUGAAGGUACUAGGUCUUCAUCAUAUUCGUACAUUCCACUUCAUGAAGGUACUAGGUCUUCAUCAUAUUCGUACAUUCCACUUCAUGAAGGUACUAGGUCUUCAUCAUAUUCGUACAUUCUACUUCAUGAAGGUACUAGGUCUUCAUCAUACAUUCCACUUCAUGAAGGUACUAGGUCUUCAUCAUAUUCGUACAUUCUACUUCAUGAAGGUACUAGGUCUUCAUCAUAUUCGUACAUUCUACUUCAUGAAGGUACUAGGUCUUCAUCAUAUUCGUACAUUCCACUUCAUGAAGACUUGUUGGAUAAGCUUGCAAAGGGCACCGGUCCUAAUGGAACAGUUGGUCAGAUUGGACAGAUCGUCGUGGACUGGUUGCCAGGUCUGAAUGCGUACAGAGACUAUUGCAGUAACCAGCUGGCUGCCAAGGCCCUGUUGGACCAGAAGAAGCAGGACCGGAAGGUGCAGGACUUCCUGCAGCGCUGCCUGGAGUCUCCCUUCAGUAGGAAGCUGGACCUGUGGAGCUUCCUGGAUAUACCCAGGAGCCGGCUGGUGAAAUAUCCCCUACUGCUGAGAGAGAUACUGAGACAUACACCACCAGAUCACCCUGACGUUCCCUGUCUGGAGAAGGCGAUAGCCAUCAUCCAGGGUGUGCUGUCUGACAUCAACAUGAGGAAGGGAGAGUCAGAGAGUCAGUACUACAUUAAUAAGCUGGAGUAUCUGGACGACAGGCAGAGAGACCCGCUCAUCGACAACUGCAAGACCUUGCUGUGUCACGGAGAGCUACGCAACAAGAGUGGCUCGAAACUGCACGUGUUCCUGUUCUCUGAGCUGCUGGUGCUGACAAGGCCGGUGACACGUCACGAGCGGAGCUGCUACCAGGUGUACCGUCAGCCCCUCCCCAUCAGAGACCUGGCUCUGGAGGACCUGCAGGAUGGAGACGUACGCAUGGGAGGGUCAUUCAGAGGGGCCUUCAGCCAGGGGGAGAAAGCUAAGAACGUGUUCCGCGUGACCUCCCUGGACCCGACCCACGGCCAGUCUCACACUCUGCAGGUCAACGACGUCUUCCACAAGCAGCAGUGGCUCAACUGUCUCCGCAGCGCCAUCGACGCCCAACCUCAACAGCAGAGGGCGCCACUCCGAGAUCAGCACAGUGAGGCUACAACCAUGACCAGGGCCAAGCGUCGUUCUUCUGUGGUGUCCAUGUCUGAUAUGGUGGGGGAAGGGGCAGAUGAGAACGUCUGGCACCAGGUCGGUGAGCCAAUCCUUGGGUGUAAAGGCACAGAGACACUCCCCGCGUCUGGUUCUUCAAGUAAAAUCAAAAGAGAGUGGCGCCGUGGUACGCAGCGCAGGAGGAAAGAGACCGGGGUUUAGGAGAACAGAAGAGUCCACGGAGCCUCGUGGGAUGUCUACACCUUCAUUCAUUUGUAUUUUUACUGUGUCUUCUUCUUCUAUGGUGUUAUGUUGGACUUCUUACUUGUGAUAUUAAUGUGUAGGCUACUUGUUUGUGAAUUUCCGUGACUCCUGUCUGUCAAGUAGUGAUUUUGCAUAAAAGAGUGUCUGACAAUAGCAGUGAUGUACCAUGACGACCAUGUAGUAAGCUAUGUCAAAACCGUCCAAUCACAUCCGUCCAGUCUGUGCACUGCAAACCAAUGAAAUUGAAGAGUUCUGUAAAUUUCAGGAGAAAAAAAGGUAUUGGUUUACUUUACAGGGAAUGAUAUUUGUCAACCAAAUUGACUAAAAAUGGUGUACAGCGAUUAUGAGAAUUAGGAUUUUACACUUUUUUUAAAAACCCUUCAUUUUAUUUUAAAAUGACUAACUCUGUUUUUAUACAAAAUAGCACUGUUUUAGCUCUUAGAAUAAGAAUAUAUGUUGCUUGGAACUGGAAUUUAUUAACCACUUGAUUUGAUAAGUCAUUAUUUCUACAGGGUUGGUCAGUGUGUCCUUCGUUACUAUUAAAAAGGCCUGUGCUGGCUUUGUUGAGACGUUUCUCUGUGUCACAAAUCACAGCCUAUUCCAUGUUUUGGGGGGGGGGGGGUUCGGAGCCCUAUGUGGCCUGGUCAAAAGUAGUUACACUAUAUCGGGUGAUGGGGUGCCAUUUUGAGACUGGAGCCUCUCUUUCCAUGCAGCACCAUGUGUUGAGCUUGAUUUUCAGUAGUGUACACAGUGCAGACCACAUGCAAAUAUUAGUCAACUGUCUGAUGUGUUGUUGUGGAGACAAAGGUGACAAAGGAUGAAAUUAGUAUGUUGUUAUGAGAAGGCUCGGUGACUAGUGUGCCGAUUCUCUACCCUCCUUCACAAGGAAGUGUUCACUCUCUCACAUUUUAAAAGUCUUGGAUUAGUGUAUGGCAGAAGGGAGUUUCAAACAUAUUCCUUAAACCAGCCCGUUCCUUUUAAAUCCGUGAAGGAGAGUGCGCAAGUGUAGGGUAUGAGGGCACGCCCGGAGAGAAGGGUAGAGAAUUGGACUGCAACUGAGUUGUAUUAAUGAUGGGAAAGUAAAGGUUUCGGAAUGGGUUCUCAUGAGAACUGGAUGUGAGAGAAGCACAAAACUGACACGACAAUCAACCACAAGUUAUGCUGUGUGCAAAGAGAGGGGGAAAAAGUAUCACUGGAAUGCUUUGUAUGGAUAGUGAAAAGGGAAAGACCAGUUAAAGAUUAUGUGAGGGGAAAAUCUGCGAGGAGCUACCUGUGUUCCUUUUCAAUUAAAAAUAAAGAGCUUUGAUGUUUGAA